AUGGACAGAUCUUCGGAGGGAAAGGGGACAGAAGGCAGGUUUAGCAGGCAAAGAGGACGUCUCUGUAAUCCCUACGUGGUGUUCAGCUGUUGGUUCAUGUCAUUGGUAACUGCCGCAGAGCACUACACUAGCACUUUCCGUCAGGGUGAUGAAGUACACCAGAAGCACAAAAAGGCCGGCUUCCACUUCUCUCUGGAUUUGUGGUGUCAAAAGUCCGUCAAUGGCCGUGGAACACAAGGAAGUGCCAGAAGAAGCCAUACUGUAGAACUUGGGAGAUCCCAGGAGGCAUACGGCACUGAGACCGGCACUGAGACCGGCACUGAGACCGGCACUGAGACCGGCACCGGCACGGGCAGUGGCAGUUGA